AUGUCGGUACAGGCGCGCAACCGCCGGCCACGCGGCAACAGCCCGCCUCUGCCGGUUUCUGAGAAGUAUGAGGAGCGGAAAUGGAUCGAAGCUCAUGCCCAGCGCGUCGACCCCGUCCGCCCCGUGAUCCACGCCGAGGAUCUGCGACAGGAGCGACUGACGUCUUACGCCGUUGCUCUCGCACUCACCUUUGCGGCCGUCUGCGUGCGCUUCUGGGGCAUCCGGCAUCCGAACCAGGUCGUGUUCGACGAGGUGCACUUUGGCGGCUUUGCGAACCAGUACCUCCGGCGCGAGUACUACUUUGACGUCCACCCCCCGCUGGCCAAGAUGCUGAACGCGCUCGCGGGCUGGUUCGUCGGCUACAACGGCAGCUUUGGUUUCAACUCCAUCGGUGACGACUAUAUCGAGGCCGGCGUGCCGUACGUUGCGAUGCGCAGCUUCGUCGCUGUCAUGGGCGCUGUUACUAUUCCCCUCGUUUACGCCAUUAUGCGCGAGUCGGGUUACCCGAUCGCCAUCUCUGCCUUCUCCGCAUUCCUCGUUCUCUUCGACAACGGUCACAUCACCCAGACCCGCCUGAUUCUCCUCGACGCCGCCCUCUGCCUCUUCAUGGCGCUCACGCUUUUCUCCUACGUCAAGUUCCACCAGAUGCGCUACCGCGAGUUUACGCAGGAGUGGUGGUUCUGGCUCUUGGCGACUGGUUUCUCCUUGGCCUGCACCCUCGGUUGCAAGAUGGUCGGCCUCUUCACGUUCUUUACCGUCGGCUCCGCCGUUAUCUGGGAUCUCUGGGAGAUCCUCGACAUCAAGCGCGGCCACACUAUGGCGUACUGGUGGAAGCACUUCAUCUACCGUGCCAUCGGUCUCAUCGUUUUCCCCUUCAUCCUCUACCUCUCCUUCUUCUGGGUUCACUUCAAGAUUCUCAAGUUCUCCGGUCCUGGCGACUCGUUCAUGUCUCCCGCGUUCCAGGAGACGCUCCAGGGCAACGAGCUGCUCCUGAACGCGCAAGAGGUCCGUUAUUACGACACGAUUGUCCUCAAGCACAAGGACACCAAGCAGUUCCUUCACUCCCACCCCGACAAGUACCCUCUCCGCUACCCCGAUGGCCGUAUCAGCUCUCAGGGCCAGCAGAUCACCUGCUACCAGUUCAACGACACGAACAACCACUGGCAGAUUCUCCCGACCCGCGAGAUUCCCGAGAGCGGACGCGGCCGUGUCGUUCGCCAAAACGACAUCGUCCAGUUCCGCCACGUUGGUACCAACACCAUCCUCCUCACCCACGACGUUGCGUCGCCCACAAUGCCGACCAACACCGAGUUUACCACCAUCGACCCCGACAACGAAGAGCGCAAGGAUGAGACCUACUUCCAGCUCAAGGUCGAGGACGCCCACGACGGCGAGCCGAUCAAGUCGCUUUCGUCGCACAUCAAGGUCAUGCACAUGAAGACGCAUGUGUGGCUGUGGACGCACAAGGUGGCGCUUCCGGACUGGGGCCACAAGCAGCAGGAGGUCAACGGCAACAAGAAGGCCGACGACCCUUCGCUCACGUGGAUUGUGGACGAGAUCAUCGAGGACGGUCAGGGCCAGGACUUCCAGAACCGCACGGCGCACGUCGACGAGAAGCCGGUCCGCAAGAUGCCCUUCCUGAAGAAGUGGUGGGAGCUGCAGAUCCUCAUGCUGCAGCACAACGCGGGACUGUCGUCUGACCACCCGUACGCCUCGCAGCCGAUCGAGUGGCCGUUCUCCCUCUCCGGUGUCUCCUUCUGGACCGACUCCGACGAGAGCCAGCAGGUUUACAUGAUCGGCAACCUGCUCGACUACUGGAUCUGCUCCAUUGCGCUGUCCAUCUUCGUCGGCGUGCUUGCGGCCGACAUGAUUGCCCGCCGCCGUGGCAUUGAGCCCAUCGAGUCCGCGAUCCGCAACCGUCUCUACCGCAACACUGGCUUCUUCCUGCUCGCCUGGGCCUUCCACUACUUCCCCUUCUUCACCAUGGCGCGCCAGCGUUUCCUCCACCACUACCUUCCGGCGCAUCUCGCCAGCGCGCUCGUCGCGGGCGGUGUCAUUAACUUCAUCCUCGUCGAGGCGGUCAACUACCCCAUGUCUAAGGCUGGCCCGCGCACCCGCCUCCGCCCCGUCAGCCGCGUCUCUCUCUCCCGCAACAAGCUCUACAUUAUGGCCGUCCUCUUUGCGAUUGUCCUGUGGUGCUUCUGGUUCCUCGCGCCGUUCACUUACGGCACCUCCCUCACGCCCGAGCAGGUCGGACGCAGGAAGAUGCUCUCCACCUGGACGCUCCACUUUGAGCCCAAGGUCACGCACGAUGUUAAGGUUGGUGAGGACACCAUGAUCAUUGGUGGAAACUAA